AUGCCUCCCAAGAAAGCCGCCCGCCCAGCGCAAGAAAACAUCUCUCUCGGCCCUCAGGUCAGAGAUGGUGAGUUGGUCUUCGGUGUCGCCCGUAUCUUCGCCUCGUUCAAUGAUACCUUCGUCCAUGUCACCGAUCUUAGUGGCCGCGAAACCAUCACUCGUGUCACCGGCGGCAUGAAGGUCAAGGCCGACCGUGACGAGUCGUCCCCCUACGCUGCUAUGUUGGCUGCUCAAGACGUGGCUACCCGCUGCAAGGAGCUGGGCAUCAACGCUCUCCACAUCAAGAUCCGUGCCACUGGAGGUAAUGGUACCAAGACCCCAGGUCCAGGUGCGCAGUCCGCUCUCCGCGCUCUCGCCCGUUCCGGGAUGAAGAUAGGCAGAAUCGAGGACGUCACCCCCACCCCAUCGGACUGCACCCGUCGCAAGGGAGGUCGCCGCGGUCGUCGUCUGUAG